GCCUGCCUUCCUCUGCGAUUGAGUUGCGACACAACUUUCACGUCAAGCAGUUGAGCGCCAAAUUUAUAGCUUUUCGUUGCCUCGAUUCAUCACUCCGAGUCAUCAUCCCAACUCCGACGCAUUUAUCCUCAAGCAACACUCCAACACCAUCCAUACGAUCCCCAAUCAUCUAGACGCAUCACACACCCACACCUUGCUUCUUCUGCAUCUUCUGCCGCCUCUCACCAUCCGUCAUCAAUCGUAUUCAUGUUGCUCAGACUACCGAAUGAACUCCUUGUGCGCACUGCCGACUUCCUACCGGAUGGAGAUUUGCCCGCUAUACGCCUCACCUGCAAACACCCGGUCUUGAUCACUCACAAACAUUUCAUCGCGGCAUUUAUCACAGAAACAUACUUCGAAGCUUCUCUUUCUGGUAUUCAGCGACUCAUUCACAUCGUCUCACAUCCCACUUUUGGUCCGUACGUCAAGAAAUGUAUGGCUUCGACAAAAGAAGGUCCGUUAGUCCACCAGGACAAGUGUGAAAAGCUUCUGGCACAUGUCUUUACCAAGCUCUCCCUCCAUGGACACUGCUUUGACCUUAGUAUCCUCUGCUACCAUCCGGCACUAAACAUCUACACGUCUUACCACAAAGUGAACGAGAUAUUGCACUGAUGAUGAACGCAAUACCGCUGUAAGCUCUCGUUCGGUGCUUCGCUUUCGACGCUCG